AUGGCUUCUAUGGAAAUGCACUCGUUCACUCGUGAUCCACUACUGGACAAUCAGGUUCCAGACCUGGUCGAGGAACGAAUUAAUACUGCAUAUGGAAAGGUCAAAAUAUCAAUCUAUGGGAAUCGCAGUAAACAUCCUCUCAUCACAUUUCACGACCUUGCACUUGAUUCUGACAGCAAUUUUCAAAACUUCUUCCAAUUUGUUUCGAUUGCUGAAUUCACAGAGAAGUUUUGUAUUUACAACAUUAAUGCUCCGGGGCAGGAAGUAGAUGCUCAACCACUCCCAGACACGCUUCAAUCUGUCAUUGCCUUUGGUGUCGGCGUUGGAGCCAAUGUACUUCUCAGAUAUGCGGUUAGUUUACUUCAUCUUAGUCAUAGGAUCGAGGAAGAGAAAGAAAGUGCUGAUAGUGGUUCUGAAAAUAGAAAUGGAAGCAGCCAUCUCUGGUGA